CGCUUGUCUCAGCAUGGUUUAGUUUUUUCCUUCAUGAAUAUCCGACAUAUCUGGAUUCUCGUAUCCUCCGCUUUUAUCUCUUCUACAUUAUUUUUUUCUUUAUUGUCUUUAUAUGAGAUAGUUGGUAGGAAGUACUCAUGCCUACCGGGCUUUUAUGUACUUUCAUCAAUAGAACAGGCUGAACAGCUGAUUCCCUCCACUGCACCGAUUCUGGGAUCUAAGUUCUAGUGGACGGUGGACGCAGGACUAACCUAUUUAUAAGACUCUGCUUUGCCCGCCAUCUACUAAGCCUAUUCUACAUACGGUCUGUAAGGCUGAAGCAAAGCCACAGGAGAAGAACAUUGAGGGACGGAGGCUUAUGCUCGUUUCCUAGUUUGGCUGCGCAUCCAUGCGGCACAGUUCGUCCCUCGCAUCAACAUACAUAUUUAAAUACAUCUACGUUUCUCCAGAUCCAUACAGUUUAUUCAUACCGAGCAAUCAUUCCCUCGUUUUCCAGCAACCGCAAAAAGCCCGUUUCUUUUUCGUCGACAGAUUAUUAGGAACAGUCCACUCCACGCUUCUACUUCCCAUAUUUCGAACAGAAAAAGAUUGAAGAAUGAAGUCCUCCAUCCUCGCCGUCCUAAUCGCUCCUUUCCUAGCCUCCGCAGCAGCUAUCCUCCCCCGCGACGGAACCUACCAAAUAAAAUGCAAACCCGACGUCAAACUCAGCGAAGACGCCAUGAGCAGCGCCGCACCGCCCUUCUACGGCAAAGACGCUGGCAUUACCAUAUACAGUGGUCAGCAUACGUCUAAGAAAGACGGUGUUAAGCUGUAUCUCUGUCUACUCAAUGGCGAUGGAAACGGGUCGGAGAUCACGGAGAAGAGGUUCGCGAACUGGAUGUCUGAGAUUGAUCGGGUUUGUGGGAAGGGGGUUGCGGGGUGGAUUGAUGCGCCGAGCAAUGAGGGGAAUUUUGGUCGGGAUACCGAGGGGGCGCGGAUUUGCUCUUGA